UUGUUUCACGGCAACGAACAAAGAAGUCGAGAUUCUAAGAGAGAACGUUCAUGUGUGUUGAGACAUUGCGUCUCUUACAGAUAGUUGCCUUAAAGAUGGAAAGACUACGGGAGGGAAAGAUAACAUUGUGAUAUAGUAAUAAGAGCGCAAAAACGUACUAAACUCAAAGCCUGGACAAUAGAGAUGCUCUCCAAAUUGUCAUCACCAGAAAUACCGCCCAAUAUAUCGUGUACAUGCACAGAAUGCACAACAUUUCUCAGGCCAAGCUUCGCCUCGAAAUCCCAUUUCCCACGAAACUUCUCACACUCCGUCCUCCCAGCCACCAAUACUUUACCCCACGCUCAGGCGCCAACAUGUAUCGAUAAACUAUCAUUAGCAGCAUACGACGCACAGACUAUAACCUCGGUAACAGUGCCGCCAGUCACCAAGGUUCUCAACAGGCAACGCCAACUCAGUGUCAUCACUUCUACAAUACACACUAUGGCCAACAUACGUAGCGCAUUUCCGAAAACCCCAGGCAACUUCUGGUGCUCAAAUCCACACUGCCGAACUCGCGUGCCGGUCGUUUCACGCUUGACUACCACAACUGGAUCGCGCGCGAGGCCACUAUGCGACGAACAUAUUGAACAAUCUUUUGAGGUGGAUAGAUCUCAUGGCCCAGUUGGAAGAUAUGUAGCUUUUUCGAAGGGCACUGACAUAUCAGAGACCAUGGAUCUGUACCAGCCCACCGGUGUGGAGAGCCGCUGGGGAAGUAAUGAUCGAGAUGGGGCGGGAAAGCCGGAAUUGGGUCCUAGGAUUAGUCCUUUAGCUUCUCGGGAAAGCCUUGGGUCUUGGGAGAGUGACAAUGCAGAGUUUGUAUGGGAUACGAAGGCGUUUGAUUCGAAGCUCUGCUGGUGAGGCUAACUUGGCCUUUUCAUCGAGUUUGAUAGGAAUGCCGACAUUCGCAUAAGCAGACUGUGAUAACGCUCAAGAGAAUGCGCGAUGAUUUGAGACGUGUGUAAACUACGUGACGCAAAUUAUGAAAGCCUCACUGGAACU